AUGAUUUCCCUCACCAGAACGUCCUGUCAGCUACUUAAACGGUCUGCCAUAGCCAUGGCCAGAAGGCCAAUGGUACUAAGACUACCAUCUAGCGCCAGAUUCGUCUCUACCUCGGCCAACAAGCUCAACCCUAAGUCGAUCGUCUCCACCUAUUCGGACGGUCCAGUUAGCUUGAAGUUCACCCCCGAACACGAAUGGGUUUCCAUUCAUCCGGACGGUACCACUUUUGUGGGAAUUACUACCUAUGCUGCAGAUGCUCUAGGUGAUGCCACAUAUAUCGAGGUUCCUUCUGAUUUGUUAAACGAGCAGGUCACCAAAGGCGAUACUAUUGGAUCUGUGGAGAGUGUUAAGUCUGCCAGUGAUAUCUAUUCGCCAGUCGAUGGAGAAAUCACUGACGUUAAUGAUGCUCUUGAGGAUAAACCAGCGAUGAUCAACGAGGAUCCUAUGGGAGAUGGAUGGAUUGCCAAGAUUAAGGCCCAGGAUGGAUUCAAAGGCGAUGAGUUGUUGUCUGAGGAAGAGUACGUCAAGUUAUUGGAAGAUGCUGAGGAUGAACAGUAG